CCGGGCUUGUGUGGCUUCAAUCAAAGGGAAGAGCCGGAGUUAGUAUGCGGAGACAUGUAAGAUGGCAGAGCUGCAGAUGUUGUUAGAGGAAGAGAUUCCUGCCGGGAAAAGAGCUUUAGUGGAGAGUUACCAGAACCUGACCAGGGUCGCGGACUACUGCGAGACUAACUAUGUCCAGGCUCAGGAUAAGAGGAAGGCGCUGGAGGAGACCAAAGCGUACACAACCCAGUCUCUGGCCAGCGUCGCUUACCAGAUCAACGCCUUAGCCAACAAUGUGCUACAGCUUCUCGACAUCCAGGCCUCACAGCUCCGCCGCAUGGAGUCUUCCAUCAACCAUAUCUCACAGACAGUGGACAUCCAUAAGGAGAAGGUGGCCAGGCGAGAGAUUGGCAUCCUGACCACUAACAAGAACACAUCCAGGACACAUAAGAUCAUCGCUCCAGCCAACAUAGAGAGGCCGGUGAGGUACAUCCGAAAACCGAUAGACUACACCAUGCUGGACGACGUGGGGCACGGAGUUAAGUGGCUAAAAGCCAAGCAACAUGGAAACAACCAAUCAAUCAGAGGAGGAACGCUAUCGAGGACCAAUCCGCCGACACAGAAGCCACCCAGUCCGCCCAUGGCAGGGCGUGGCACUCUCGGGCGUAACACCUCAUAUAAAACUCUUGAGCCAGUAAAACCUCCUACAGUGCCUAAUGACUACAUGACCAGCCCCGCCCGCCUUGGGAGCCAGCACAGCCCGGGGCGUACGGCCUUGCUCAACCAGAGACCAAGAACCCACAGUGGCAGCAGUGGGGGUAGUGGCAGUCGUGAGAACAGCGGAGGCAGCAGUAUUGGCAUUCCUAUUGCCGUGCCCACUCCCUCCAUCCCUAACUCUGGUCCAGCUCAGCCCAUGUUUGCUCCGCCCCCACCUCCGCCUCCAUCCAUGUUUGGAGGCCUAAUGGAUUCAGGGCUCGGUCCAGCCCCCGUCUCUCAGUUUGGCACGAUAUCGCGUCAGAUGUCCCGCCACAACUCCACCACGUCGUCCAUGUCCACGGCCUCAGCCACGGGGACGUACAGGCGCGCUCCAUCUCUCUCCUCUCAGCUCCCUCUGCAGCACACUAACGUCAACGGUGCUGCUCCAGCCGCCUUUACACACAACUCAAUGUCUGUUGCUCCCCCGCCUCCCCCCAUGCCUCAGCUCAUUCCACAGAUUCCCCUCACAGGUUUUGUGGCCCGGGUGCAGGAAAACAUCGCUGACACCCCGACUCCGCCCCCUCCUCCUCCUCCUGACGACAUGCCCAUGUUCGACGAGGCUCCGCCCCCUCCACCUCCACCUCCAGUGGAUUAUGAGGAUGAGGAGGCAGCUGUGGUGCAGUAUAGUGACCCGUACGCUGACGGAGACCCCCAGUGGGCCCCUAAGAUCUACAUGGAGAAAGUGGUGGCCAUCUACGACUACGCCAAGGACAAAGACGACGAGCUGAGCUUCAUGGAAGGCGCCAUCAUUUACGUCAUCAAGAAGAACGACGACGGCUGGUUCGAGGGAGUGUGUAACGGCGUCACCGGCCUCUUCCCCGGCAACUACGUCGAACCCAUCAUGCACUACGCUGACUGACGAGGCUCCAGUACACGCAUCCAACAGCGUAGAGUGUGUUAGGGGGUGAGAGAGAAAGAGAGAGAGAUAGAGAGAGCGCCGGCUCCUGGCCUCGGAGCGUGUGAUGAUGUGACGAGUGAGAAGAGAGAGGUCAGAGAGACGGCGUGAUCUGUGUAAAUACAACGAGCCGGGUGUUUUUAGUAUUUUUACAGUGAAUGUUUCGAACACAUCUCAAUGCCAAACGUCUUUCCAUUCGAAACUUUUAAUCCAGUCCAAAACUGUCUAUGAUGAAUAUAAAAACUAAUAUACAUGAUAAAGUUCUAAAGUAUGCGUUAUCCAUAACACUGUUGAAGGCAGUAAGUCUAAAAUGUGAUCGAAAUCCUGACAUGAAGCAUGCCUACGACUUUUAUAUGUAUAGCAACGUCGAGAUUUUUUUUUUUUUGUUAAAUUUUCGGUCCUGAUACUUGAAGGUAUUAACGGACAAUUUUAUUUUAAUACAUAAACUUUAUAUUUUUUUUUCUUCCCCCGAUCCUGAUAAUUUUUCUAUUUUUUUUUAUUUUCCAGUGAAGAUUUUUUGUUUUUAGACAUUUUAAGUGAAAAGGUUUUGUCUGUAAUUCUCUUCCUCGAUGCACAAAAACGGAUCUGUAGAUCACUUCCUCUGUAGAGGGUAAAGUUAUGAAACAUUAUGUUAAUCAAUCAUUAUACAAUCCACGUCUGCCAUUAAUCAGCCAGAAAUAACUGCCAACCGAUUUUACGACAACUCAUUACCUCCCUGCACAGAUUAAUGAACAAAAUCAGAAUGGUGACCUGGUUGGGGAUCAUAAUUAAAGCCAUGGAAAUAUUGACAAUAAAUUUUUGUAAAUGUC